GUGCUGAUUCACCGCGGAGACUGCAAGGGCGGACAUCAUUAUUGAAAUAAUGAAGAGAGAAGCCGAGGCUGGCGCCAUGACAGGUUCCGGGGGUCCAACAAGUCCUCAUAAGCGCUAUCGACAGGGUGACGAUGAGCUCCGUCUUCUCAUCCCGAGUAAGGUUGCUGGUUCAAUAAUUGGCAAGGGUGGUCAGAACAUCACGAAACUUAGAAGUCAGUACAAAGCCUCAAUCAUUGUACCCGAUUGCCCCGGACCCGAACGGGUGCUCACCAUCAGCUCGGAUCUGCCCACUGUUCUGCAAGUGUUGAACGAGGUCGUACCUAAUCUGGAGGAGAAUGGUUCCCGCCAUGGCAGCGACGAGAUCGACGUGCGCAUGCUGGUGCACCAGAGUCAAGCGGGAUGCAUCAUCGGCAAAGGAGGUCUGAAAAUCAAGGAGCUCCGUGAGAAAACCGGAGCCAGAAUCAAGAUCUAUUCAAACACCUGUCCCCGCAGCACGGAUCGUCUCAUCAGCAUCUGCGGGAAACCCACGACGUGCAUCGAAUGUAUACGUGAAUUGAUCGCCACCAUUAAGACUUCGCCGCUAAAGGGUGUGAACAAUCCUUAUGACCCGCACAACUUUGACGAUUUUUAUGCCGAUGACUACGGCGGUUAUGGAAACGCCGAUGGUGGUCAAGGCAAGGUCGGCGGAUUUGGCGGCCCCGGUCGUGGCGGUGGCGGCGGCGGAGGCGGCUACGACGGUGGCCGUGGUGGUGGCGGAUACGGCGGUAGCGGAAACCGAGGCGGCCCGCCACCCUACGGCGGCGGAAAUUACAACGGUGAUGGAUGGGGGAUGCAAGGAGGCGCGCCUAAUGGUUUGAGUGGUGGUGGUAACACAGGAAUGGGUGGCCCUAUGGGUGGAAACAACCAAGGCAACCAGGGCAACAUGAGUGGAAACAAGACCAGUACACAAGUCACCAUUCCUAAAGACUUGGCCGGAGCCAUAAUUGGUAAAGGUGGUGCAAGGAUCAGAAAAAUCAGAUCCGAUAGUGGUGCCGGAAUAACUAUAGACGAGCCAUUGCCUGGUAGUAACGAUCGCAUCAUCACUAUUACUGGGGUUCCCAGUCAGAUACAAAUGGCCCAGUACCUACUGCAGCAGAGAUACAAGUAUGGAUUCACUACGAAUGACAGCGACAAUUUUUUUACAUCUUUAACGAAAUUGAUACGUCCCAACAAGAUCUCCAUGGAUAAUGCGACCGCGCAGCAGCUAUUUGAUAAACUCAACAUGACGGUCGAAGCGCUCAUGGAACAGUUGAUGCAGCCUUGCAGCGCAUUGCUGCUGAGAUGCCUUUGGAUCGGCGAGAUUCACGAUUGCAACAAAAUCUUUAAGACUGUCAAGUCCAAGGAGGGUUUUUGUUGCGCUUUCAAUUCACACUAUUUAGACGGUGGAGACAUGGCCGAUGACGUGAAACCUAAUAUUACCGAUUACAACAGCACUUCUGAUGAUUUACCGGGUGUGCAUACAAUUUUGAACGCGCCCGGAAGUGGCCAAGACAUGGGACUCGCGGUCGUCUUAAACGUUGAGCCGGACAUGUACAAAGCUACUACGCGCCCUUAUGUAGGAGCUUCCGUUAUGAUACAACACGCAAUUGAUUUUCCCGACAUUGGUGCACAGAUUUUGUCCGUAACGCCCGGCCAACUUCUAACAAUAACCCUUACAGGGACGUCUAUCAGAGGCAUGGAAAGUUUGAGAGACAUCUCUUCGGAGAAACGUUUGUGUUACUUCGAUAACGAGGUCCCAGGCAGAGAUAGCUAUAGCUAUCAAUCGUGCGUAUCAGAGUGCAUGGCCAAUCACAUACAUAAUUUGUGCGGCUGCCUGCCAUUUUACUAUCCAGAGAUGCGUGAGUAUAACGCGGAAGUGAAAAGGUGCAACAAAAAGUGUCUACCUGAGUGCACAGAUAUGUUAUACACUAUCCUUCCAGAAAAGAUUACCCCACAGGAUGUGGGGUUCGAUUCUGAUCUAAUGCAUGGUUUUGAUAUAAAUAAUGUGUCUUUUGUGUACGUAUUUUUCGGCGAUGUGUCGUAUGUCGAGUAUCGCAAAGAAAACAUCAUUAGCUGGGAUUCGCUCCUCGGAUAUCGCAAGUGUUUGGCAUACGUGCGGGUGAAAAGACAUCUAGGCUGGUUUAAUAUCUACUGUAAGAACACGAAUCUGCACGGUUUUCGUUAUAUAAGUAUAGAAGGAUCGUCGGUAAUCGAGAGUUUCCUCUGGUUUAUGAUCUGUAUGUUGUCCAUCGUAUUGUGCACUAUAUUGAUGUUACGCUUGUGGGCCAAUUACUCGAACAAUCCCAUAGUGACGACUAUUUACACGUCAAAUCCGAUAUGGAACGUAUCUUUUCCAGCCGUCACUAUAUGUAAUAAUAAUAAGGUCUACCGCCCACACGCCGAUCUUCUUGCCAAGAAUUUAUGGAUGGAUGGGUUCACCACGAAUGACAGCGAUACAUUUUUUUCCUCCCUAAUAAAAUUGAUACGACCCGACAAAAUUUCGAUGGACAAUACAACCGCUAGGCAAUUCCUCGAUAGACUCGAUAUGACGGUCGAAGCGCUCAUGGAGCAGAAAGCACCCGGAAGUGGCCGCGAUGUGGGACUCGCGGUCGCCUUAAAUGUAGAGCCUGACAAGUACAAAGCUACUUCGCGCCCUUACGUAGGAGCUUCCGUUAUGAUACAUGACCCAAUUGAUUUUCCCGACAUUGGUGUACACAUUGCGGCCGUGUCGCCCGGUCACGUCCUAGCGAUAUCCGUUACCGGGACCUCUAUCAGAGGCAUGGAAAGUUUGAAGGCCAUCCCUCUGGAGAAACGUUUGUGUUACUUCGAUAACGAGGUAAAAUUAUGUAUACCGGGCGACGUUCGCUACAGCCAUCAAUCGUGCAUAUCGGAAUGCAUAGCUAAGCACAUACAUCAUCUGUGCGGCUGCCUGCCAUUUUACUAUCCAGAGGCGCAAUCAAUACCAGAUUACGCGAAUAUGGGAGUUUGCAAAAUGUGCCUGCCCCAAUGCACAGAUAUGAUGUAUACUAUUGGUCCAGAAGAUGUUAAAAUGGAAAAUGUGGGGUUUGAUUCUGAUAUUACGCAUGGUUUCAAUAUAAACAAUGUGUCUUUUGUGUACGUAUUUUUCGGCGAUGUGUCGUACGUCGAGUAUCGCAAGGAAAGCAUCAUCAGCUGGGAUUCACUCCUCGCUUCCUUUGGCGGUAUCUUCGGUCUGUGUCUCGGUGGUUCGGUAAUGAGCGUAAUCGAGCUGGCUUAUCUCUUGACCAGGCAGCUCUUUAGAAGACAAACUCGCAAAGGGCAGGAACAAUCACGGACGAAAUUGCCGCCGGCGUCGGAAGUGUUUCUAUCGAUUCCCGCUAAAGAGAAAGUUCAACUACGAAAGCUACGAAACUGUCAGGAAUCAGAUGACAAGCGUGUUCUCGUCACAUGGUAUUCACCGGUCGUUCACCGACGUAAAACAAAUCACGACAAUAUGUAUCACAUUAAACAUAUCAAAUUUUAA